AUGAUCUCCAUACUCGCCCUCUGUCCCCUACUGCUGGCCGGUGUCUUGGCCAGUUAUGACCCUUACAUCGACAUGGAUGAACUCUACCGUAUGCAGCUUCUAGCUAACGCCUUUGACGACUACAGCCCAGACAACCAAUUGCUGAACAGCAGGAGUUUGGAUGACGAAUCCUAUUGGCCAGACCUGAGUGACGCUGCCAACAACAAGGCGUCCAUUUACAACGAUCCUCUCUACAGUGGUGCUCAUCAGAGGGACCAGGAGCAUAUUGAGCAUAGCGACCUCCACGGGUUUCAGUCUGUUUCAGGAGGAACAGCCGAAGGAGCUCCUAACGCCAAACAAGUGAAGACUGACAAGCAGCUUCCCGCCUACUGUAACCCACCAAACCCUUGCCCUGUUGGGAAGACUUCCAAAGACAACUGUGUUGAGAACUUCGAAAACUCGGCCUCCAACAACCAGAAGCUGCUGUCGGAACAGGAGUGUCCCUGCGACACAGAGCACAUGUUCACGUGCCCAGCUGGGAGUCAGACGGUGUCUUCCAAGGCCCAGAGUGGAAGCCAGCAGAUGGCGCUCAACAAGGUCAUUGAUGAGCUGAACAAACUGGAACGUAAUGGUGAAAGUUUGGAAAACAGUGCAUUGAUGUCCACUUCACAGAAAAGGCUGACAGUCGUUGCUAAGAAAUCCCCUCACAUGAUUGUCAAGCGGUCCGAAGUCCCUGAUCACGGCAACCCGUUCCUACAAGGAGAAAAAAUGGACAUCGCUGCCAAAAAGGAUCCUGCGAUGGCCAGGAACUCUAUGGACGAUUGGGCACUACCAUAA